GUAGUUCAAGAUGGAGACUGAGCGAUGUGGUAGAGGUAGCUGUUUACAAUAAACAUAAUAUUAAGGCUAAUACGACGACCUGCCGGCUGUUUUAACGCUUACAACGGGAGCUGUUACCCGGCUUGAGAUGUGUGUAUGCCAGCUUUUGACCACGAUGUUGUAAAGUUGUUUGUAAACAAAGACCACCUGAAGAGUAUUUAAGAUUCGUUAAAAAAAAAAAAAAAAGGCAAGCAGAGGAGAAAACAGUCAAUGAUCUUCAUCUCAAACUCGAUGUGAGAGAGGAGAUCAAUAUGUCUCUGAGAGAGUUAAAAGUCUGCCUCUUGGGGGAUACUGGAGUUGGAAAGUCAAGUAUUGUGUGCAGAUUUGUGGAAGACAGCUUUGACCCAAACAUUAAUCCAACCAUUGGGGCAUCCUUCAUGACCAAAACAGUGCAAUACCAAAACGAGCUGCACAAGUUCCUGAUCUGGGACACCGCGGGGCAGGAGCGGUUUCGUGCUCUGGCGCCCAUGUACUACAGAGGUUCAGCGGCAGCAAUCAUUGUUUAUGACAUCACAAAGGAGGAGUCCUUCCAAACACUGAAGGAUUGGGUGAAAGAGCUGCGCCAACAUGGCCCUCCUAAUAUAGUUGUUGCAGUCGCUGGGAACAAAUGUGAUUUGUCAGAUGCGAGGGAAGUGCCAGAGAAGGAUGCCAAGGACUACGCCGACUCCAUCCAUGCCGUCUUUGUAGAAACCAGCGCCAAGAAUGCCAUUAACAUCAACGAGGUGUUUGUAGAGAUAAGUAAGCGUAUCCCUGUUGUAGAGGAAGCAGGAGGAUCUUCACAAAGAGCUUUCAAAUUGGGUCGUCAGGCCUCAGAGUCUCGCAGGACGUGCUGCUGAUGAUGCUGGCGAUCUGUGACCCAAGCUUUGCCCACUUUCUUUUUCCUGGCCUGCUUCAGCUUAAAAACACACCCUCAAACACCUUACAGACACGAGAGUGCAGCAGUGACAUUCGGACAGCUGUAGCAAAUAUAUAUAUUUUAUGGCUGUCAACUACAGCAAAUCAUCAUGUUUGGUCUGAAAACUCCCGGCAGGAGAAAAACUUCAGGUUUACUGAGCAUUGACAAACUGCAGAUCUGUGAAGAUUUGCUGUCUUUCAACCAAAAAACACGAAAUGGAGUGGUUAAUUCUUGACAAAUAAUUUUCAUAGUAAUUAAAUUAUUGCUUUUCUGUUGGGAGAUCUUUCUCCAAACAUUCUGAAGGAACCAAAAGUGUGAAUUCAAGGUUUUAUGUAAGAUUUUGAAGGAAAAAAAAAUCAAUGUUAGUCAUCCUAGUUAAAAAGCCUGGCUCUCUCUGUGAUCCUUUCAUCGCAGCACUGGUUGUUUCCAGCCGCAGUCUAGUCCAAGAAGGAUUGUGCACGCUUAAUUUCAAUUUUAGUGUGUGAUUGCUGCUUUAACCGAGGCAAAAUACCAGAGGGAUGUUUUGAUGUAAACCACAAUCACACAGUAAAAAGAAGCAGAAAUGAAAAAUGUGUGGGAGCCUGCUUCCUUUACAUUGGAGGAAUAGUUCAGCUUUUUGGAAAAUUGAUAUCGCUGUCAUGUCUGUAUGGUAAAUAUGUGGCUGGAGCCAGGAGAGAGUCAGGCUUGGCAUUCUAACUGGCUGAUUGUUGGUGGUUCAUAUGUGAUGGACAGACUCCUGUCAUUAUCUAGACCUCUGCCAGAAGACAAAUAAGCAUUUUUCCUAAAAAUGAACUUUUCCUUUUA